ACGCAAGAUACCGAUGCGUGCAAAGAGGCUGAAAAUAAAGGGUCUGUAGAUGACUUCUUAGCAUAGUCACGCCCUGUGCAUGCCCAUCAGUCGCGGUAUUCGACCUGACUAUAGCCUUUACUUGGCGGCAUUCAAGUAUUAAAACGCAUACGGUUAAAGCAUAGCUAUUAAGGGUCGGCUCAAUAAUGAAGGAGAUAGAGGUCGAGACAGUCAUCGAGGAUUGCACCGCGCAACGCUUCUACGACGCCAUCUACGGCGACGAUGAAGCGCUUCGCGCCUUCCAUGCCGCCAUCAACAAGGACCCAAACGCUGUCUCCAGCCCCUGGGGCCCGGACGGCUGCCGUACCGUGCGCUUUGUGAUGCCCAUGAACGUGCCCGCCAUGCUCAAGAAGUUCAUUGGCAAGGAUGCGGUGCCGGUGGUGGAGUCCCAGCGGCUGGAGUGGGCGCCUGGCCGCAGCGCCGUCACAGUCACCUCGGAGCCGGCGCUGGAUUUUCCGGGAGCCAACAAAUUCACGACGGCCGGGUCAAUGACGGCGUCCAACCGCCCGGACGGCUCGUGUCUGCUCAAAGCAGUGGUGCGCUGCUCCGCGGCGCUGCCCUGGCCUGUUCAGGCAACUGUGGAGGGGCUGAUGGGCGUGGAGGCCACCAACUCGAUCAACACAUUCGUCAAGUGGGCCCGGGAGUACUACACAAGAUGGAAUGCCGAGCAAAAGCUCCAACCGGAACAGCCCGCACCCGCACCUGCUGCUGCUGCUACUGCUUCACUCCCCAGACCGCCGACGUCAGCAGCCUCUGCCGCCCCAGAGGGCGCCGAGCAGUUUUACGAUGCGUUUGAAGACGAGGAGGAGCUCCUCCGACGACCCAUGGGUCAGUCGUCGCAGCCAGAAGCGUCGGUUGUGCCGUACCAACCGCCGCGGUUGGAGGACGUUAUCGUGGACUGCUUGCGUCGCAUUCAGUCGUCCACCUCGGAAACGGCUUCUUCGUUGAGAACGUUGGAGCAGCUACUUCGGAGUAUGGAUGACAACAUGCAGGACCUCCGAGACAAGCUGGUGGGAAAGCGGCCACCCGCCCCCAAGCCCGCAUCACCACCUCAUCACCCCGCAGCCGCAGGUGCAGCAGCAGCAACGACCCACGGGUCACCAUCGCCCGCCGCCACCUCCUCAUUCGUGUCUUCUCCUCACUCUUCGUCCUCUUCAUCUUCCUUUUGGUCGGGGUACUUCAGUGCGUUGGCUACUGUGUCGCUGGUGGGCGGAGCGGCUGCGUUUGCGUACGCGCGCUAUCAUGGUCUGGCUGCGGGAGGGGGUGGCGGCGGAGGCGGCAGGUAGAGGAGCAGGUGGAGCGCGCACGGGUGCAGACGCCUGGCCUCUUGGCAGGUGGGGGAGGCAAUGGAAAAUGGAGGAAGCGGCGUCUGCGACUGCAGUGGCGGCCGCGUCUGCAAUGGGGUGCGGUUUUGCAGGUGCUGCGUGCACGUAGAAUGUGUUCUUUUCCGAAGAGGAAAUCCAGCGAUAUUUUAGGGCUUAACCGUGUUAAAGUGUUGAGGUGUCGGUAUUUAUGCCGUUCUUAGUAUGAUUGCUGUUGCUGCUGUGGUUGUUGUUGGUGUUGCUACUGUGUGCCUGCCGCGUUGCUGGUGUUUUGUCAAGGUUAUUUAAAAGGGGCGUCAGGCGGUGCGAGUUUGGCCGGGAGGAGACCGGCGAAAGGGAUGUACACUUACAGUCGGACUAGGCUUGGAUGGCUGGAAGGUUUUCGGCAUAGAGGCGGUACGGGGCUGUACGGGUAGUACGGGAGUGUUAAGAGUCACGGGAGGCUAUAGAUCCGGGGUGAAGAGGAUAAGAGGUAAAUGGGGUGGGGUUAUCCGCUUGGCCCAUCGCUAAAGGCUGGGCUUCUUAACGAACGGGACUUCGGAGAUUGCGUAAUCCGGGAUAAUGGAAGGUUUGGCGCCGAGAAGACUACAGACUUGCGGCCCAGCACCAGUAGGUACAUCUUAGGAAUUUGUUUUGUGGGUAUGGCAGUAGGGAAAGUUUGGGAAAGUGAUGGUAAGAGGUGUGUUUUACAUUAUGUCGUACAGGGUUCUUGCGUGGGAAGUUGGGAGCGAUGGCGGCAAGGAAGGGGGAAGGUGGGAAGGAAAGGGGGAACGCUUGAACUGAUGAAUGGGUGUGUGGACGGGUGGUAGCGGCCACUGCUGUUUGGGAGAGGAUUACGGAGGCAGCGACUGGCGUAUGCCAUCGUCACGCGCUUGUGCGAAUUCCUACAAAGAUUUUUUAGGACGGUGGCUCUUGACUAAAGUAAUGGAAGCAGCCGCGGUUGGUAUCUCCAGGGGCAGGCUGCAGGCUAUUUGGCCUUCCAUGUGACGGAAAGAGAUGGGCUGCAAACCUGCAAAGAAGCGAGGCGGUGUGCACUUUGAUGGAUGCCGGUCGUGCAUAUCAGAGUUGCUGUCGCCACUGUAGAAGUGAGGCAUCGCAAACGUUGGGAUUCAGCAUACAUGGUAGGUUGUCUAGAAUGACGUGGGCGAGCUGUACUCUUCAAACAGGCCAACACAGACAUAUAUUCUGUUGCGGGAUGAGCAGGCGGUGACAGGGACGACGGGCAAGUAUACCUAGCUAGGCCUUGUGUACAACACCAAGAAAGUAAGAUGAAAAUUACCCUACACGUCGCCGACUAGGGAAAUUCAUGCGUAUAUUUGUUACUGAGUCUGUAGAGAAUCGCACGGGGACAUAACAGUCUUCUAUAUUUACGUUGCGAACUUCACACUUCGCCGUCACGUUAGAGCGACACCCGUUUCCCACAUACGUAUGUGUUCGGUACUUGUAUUAAUGAUAGGCAUAACAGCUGCGUAUUUCCUUAACAGCCUGUCUAGGGAACAGGUGGGAAACUAGGAAUACAAAACAGAGAGCAACCUGAAAGACAGCCUGUGCAGCGAAGGGUUUUAAUGGGGCGUAUGGAGGCGUUCACACGUGCUCUUAGUAGCCUAAGAAAGGUAGGAAUCGUACACAGGUCAGAACAAGAUGAUGGCUUUCAAAAGCGUGGGGACGGCCAACCGGACAAGGGUUUAAUCGGCAAUUCUAAAGACGCUGUUUUUGCCAGUCUACAGGGGAAGGACAGGGCACUCGAAGUGUGGCGGCAAAAAGCAGAGCAUGAUGAGGGCUACAAGGAGUUCCGUGAAAACCAGCAACGAAAAGAACAAGAAAAGGAGGAGCUUGAAGAGGCAGCUGGCAACCCGUUAAGGGAUGCCGUGCUCAUCAGAAACCGGAGGAAUCGCCGCUGCAGCGCAACAUCAUUCACAGUCGACCUGUAUAAAAGAAGUGGCCAGCAGCCUGCUCUCAGCCAUUCCUUCACGGCCUCCGCGACCUCCACAGAAAGCGGCUUUGGCGGCCCUAACGGCAACCCUCACACGUCGUUCCUCACACCAACAGCCGCGACAGCUCCACCAUCAACGUCAACAACAGAAGCCGGCGAUGGUUACCCAUAUUGCAGAAGCGUCGCUUGCUCGUCCUCUGGUGUGCACGGCGCGCCCUCCUUCCGCUUGGCCCAGCAGCCCUCGCCCCUCGGCCACACGAACCGCUCCUACUCCUCUGUCGAGAGCCCCUUCUGCGCCUCUGCUGUUCCUCCCAUAGACGGCAUUCCUUCGCUGCCCUCCGGAGCCGCCACGCCAGACGGCGCCCUCAGCUACGGCCCUAAUCAUGCCCUCCCGUGCCGCAAUCACAGCAGCAGCGGCAACAGCGGGGGCCGUUUUCUUGCUCCCACAAGCGUAUCGGACGGAAACUGUUAUGUCAGCCUUCAUCACCUGUCGCAUCAAGCAUCAUCGCAGGCUCAGCCAUCCGCGUCUUCCAUCGCGGCAAGCAGCGUGGACGCUUACAGCCCCCGUGGCAGUGACAACGGCUCUGUCGCCACACGCCUGCCGUCCUUGUGUCCCACGGGUCAUUUUUCCCAGCCUCAGCUGCAGCUGCCGUUGCAGGUCAUGCCGCAACAGGGGCAAGGAGGAAGCGCACUUAACCCCUCUUGCCAUUCCUCAUCUCGUGCCAUGUUGCUUUCUCCAUGCAUAUCAGCGUCGUAUUCGGCGGCGGGAUCAGAGCAGCAGCAGCAAGCGGGGUUGGAUAAUGUUACCACAGCAGGGGGGACAACAGCAUCGGCAUCAGCUUCAGCCGCUGCAUCUGCGGCUACGGCUUCAGCAGGGCAAGGGGGAGGGUCGCUGGCAGGGAUGGCGGGUACCGCUAAUUCAUCCAUGCAUUCAUCCGCAACAUGGGACGAAGCACCGGCAGUUGUACGACAGCCGUCAGCAUGCGGUAACGGUAACCGUUGUACGACAGCAAACGCUCCAUUGAUAUCAAUGGCGGCGCCCUUGCAGCCUAGCGGCAUCAGCAGCGGCAAAGGAUCGCUCCUCGGCCGCAGGAUUGCGAGCGUGACCGGAGCUAAUCCUCUACUGCAGCCGGAUACCCCAGGCUCGCUCCAGUCACAGCUGCUGCAAAACCAGCAGCAACAAAGCCAGUCGUGCGCGUCUCUGCCGCUGCUACCAACGGCGGCAUGGUCUGGCGCUGGUGACUCCCCAUGCCGCUCUGGUUCCUCCUCGGCUAAAGCGUUGGGUUGCGUCGGCAAGGGCGCUGCCGCUGCCACCUCCCCUAUUGCCUCUGUCGCCGCCGCGUAUGUGCCUGACAGUGGCGGCGCUGGCGGCAGCGGCGGCGUUGCAGCCCGGUUCUCCAGUCGCUUGUUUGACAAUGCAGCUAGCAACGGCGGAGGCAGCGGCAGUAGCAGUCGACGCUGGGACUUUGGCACGGCGAUUUGCAGCCGCAGUAGCAGCCAUGUUUCCUUGAAUGCCGUACAAGUUGGAUCCCGUACGACAUCCCGAAUUGUACGGCUUCAAGCGGGCGUUGACAGCGGCGACGAUGGGGAUGACGGAAACAACGAUGAUGAUGAUGAUGAUGAUGACGAGGAUGAGGAAUCUGAUUCGGACGACAGCGAUGGUAUUGCAGUUGACAUAACGGAAGACAUUGGGCGUUGGUUUGAUGCCGGGGACUUGUCGUACUGCAAUGCGGACUGCCCGGACGAGAUGGCCCAGAUCCUGGAUACGUUGGCCUCACACCGCAUCGGCGGCAGCGGUCGCGUCAGUGGUGACGGAGACGGCAGUGCCGGCGGAGGUGAAGGCAGCAGCGGCGGAGACGGCAAUAGCGGCGGAGGCAGCAGCGGGGCCAGUCACACCGCCGCCUUGGGACACCCACCAUCCUUCGGCUCCGCCCCCGCUGGCCACCCCACCGCUGCGGCAGUUGGCGUCUCUGCUGUCGCAAUUGCAACUGCUAACAACAGUCAGGGUGGCAGUAAGAGUGACGGCGGCAGCGGCAGUGGCAACAUUGGAGGCGGCAUUGGAGGCGGCAGCUCGUCAUUCCACCGCCGCCGCAGCGCCCUCGCCCAUGCCGCCUCCUGCGGCGCCCUGAAGACCCCGCCAGCAGCCCUUGGGUCGGCUCAUCAGCAUCAGCAGCCGCAUCAGCAGCCGCACUCUGUUACCCCGCAGCUGCAGUCGCAGCCUCCUCAGCUGCCGCAGCAGUCACCGGCACCUUGUUCCUCCUCCAGAGCCCUGCUCUCUGCUCAGCCCCAGUUGCAGGCUCUCAGACCCCAUUCAGGCCAGCAUUACGACCCCCAUGCUCAGCAGCAGCAGCCCCCGGCGUGCCACACUGCGAGCGGAGAGAGCACCUCCUU